AUGGAGAAUGAUAUGCAAGCUAUACCACCAGCUCCCAUUUCCAUUCGUUCAGGAUCUCCGGAGCGAGGAAGGGAAAGAUUGAGAACACGACCGUUAUCUUAUGCUUCAUCGCCGCAAUUGAGUCCUUCUCCAUUCUCCCAAGACCAAACAUCAUCGAGAUCGACGUCUAAGCAUUCCUCUCUCCAACCACCACCUUCCUCAUCCUCAGCUUCUCCAUCUCCAGAUCGAAAACGAAGUACCUCUCCUUACCCAUCACCCUUCGUCUCCACGCCCUCGAACGAUUUCUUGUUCCCUCAAACAGACAGCCAAGAAGAAGGACUACACCGCCAACCAUCCACCCGUCUCGAAAUCGCCACCGCAAUCCGCCAACCAUCCUUUCCCCAAUUCCGAAACAGCAUCAUUACAAAGCCCAGCAUGAGUCUGAUCACUCGCCCUGGAAUAAUACACGUCCAACCCAGCCAACCUCUGGCCCGGACCCUUAGUCCCACAACACCACUCUCAGCCGCGAGCACGAUCGUGAAUCCUCACUCGCCAUUAUCAACAACCCCAGAAUCCGCAGUCUUGGGUAGAAAUCGAGAAGCAAGGGUAUCAGUCAUCAACGUCGGAAGACCAAGCUCAGGAUCCGGAUAUGCAGCUGGAACAAGAACUAGUGCUCGCGCGAGUCUGUUAGCAGGACCUGGACCGGCUAUUCGACCUGCGGGCCCGAGACCGAUGCUUGUGCAUUCACAUACUGAUCCGAGUUCGGAUCGGAAUGCCGGCUUGCGGCCUGAACUUAAUUCUUUGGACGACGCUGAAGAAAGGGCGAGGUUUUUGGAUAUGAAGGUUGAGCAGAUUUUGGGGCCUAGGAAUGAUAGGCCGAGGAAGGAGGAGAGAAAAUCGACGUUGGGGUUACAGGAUGUGAAGAAGAUGAUUGGGGAUAUGAAAGAGAGUGAGGGGAAACGUGAAAAGAAGAUUGUGAAAAAGGAGAGAGACAGCGAGGCCAUGGUUGGGAAAGAGUUGUGGCAGAGUAUGUACUCGAUGAGUGGGGAGACUCUUGAUGAGGGGUCGGGGUCGGGCUCUGGCUCUGUCUUAGGCAUGAGGGGGCUGGAGACCCCAGAUAGGUUGAUGAGUGCUAGCGAUGGGGAGUAUUCGCCUGGAAGUGGAACGAACAGGAGGGUAUGGAAUGGCAGAAGAGGGUGUGGUACUGGUAUGGCAUGGUGGAAAAGGUGUCUGAGACGGUAA